AUGCCUUCCUAUACGCACCUCCUGUGCGCCGGUCUGGCUGCCAGCCUUGCCGCUGCGGCCCCCACCCCCUCGCGCGUUUCCGAUGCGGUCAAGAGAUCCUCGUCUUCUUGCACCUUCACCGAUGCCGCCUCAGCCUCGGAGAGCAAGGCUGACUGUUCCACCAUCAUCCUCAGCAACAUUGAGGUCCCCGCUGGCGAGACCUUGGACCUAACGGACCUGACCGAUGGAACUGAGGUCAUCUUCUCGGGUACCACCACCUUCGGCUACGAAGAGUGGGAUGGUCCCCUGAUCGAGAUCUCCGGAUCCGGCAUCACCGUCACUGCCGAGGACGACGCCGUCAUUGACGGAGAUGGUUCUCGCUGGUGGGAUGGCGAAGGUACCAACGGCGGCAAGACCAAGCCUAAGUUCUUCUACGCCCACUCCCUGGAUGACUCGACCAUCUCGGGUCUCAGCAUCAAGAACACCCCCGUUCAGACGUUCAGUAUCGAGUCCGACAACCUCACCAUCGAGGAUGUCACCAUCGACAACUCCGACGGUGAUGACAACGGCGGCCACAACACCGACGGCUUCGAUAUCGGCGAGUCCACCUACAUCACUAUCACCGGCGCCGUGGUCAAGAACCAGGACGACUGUGUUGCCAUUAACUCGGGUGAGAACAUCUACUUCUCUGGUGGUACCUGCUCCGGUGGACACGGUCUGUCCAUUGGAUCCGUUGGUGGCCGUGACGACAACACCGUGAAGAACGUCACCUUCACCUCGUCCACUGUCAGCGACUCCGAGAACGGUAUCCGUAUCAAGACUGUCUACGAUGCCACUGGUUCCGUCUCCGACAUCACUUUCUCCGACAUCACUCUCUCUGGUAUUACCGACUACGGUAUUGUCAUCGAGCAGGACUACGAGAACGGCUCCCCGACCGGUGACCCAUCCAACGGUAUCACUAUCUCUGACGUGACUGUCGAUGGUAUCACUGGCUCCGUCGAGAGCGAUGCUGUCGAGGUGUACAUCCUGUGUGGUGACGGUAGCUGCACUGACUGGACCUGGGGCGACGUUGACCUCACCGGUGGUAGCACUAGCGAUGACUGUGAGAACGUGCCCGACGGUGCCUCGUGUUAG